CUCCCUGAUGAUUUGGAACUUGAAUUUAUAUGUUAGCGUUGUAAUUGUAAGUUUGAGUUUGAUUAUCUUAAUCAUUUUGUGGUGUUGGUAUAAGAAAGUCCCUGUAUGGUGCAUCGCAUAAAUGUGGGUAUUUGAGUCGUGUCUUCUACAUCCAGGAAAUGAGUGUAUGCCCUCAUAUGUCCUGGAAUGUGUGUGGUGUAAACAGAGGUUGCAAAUAGAUUGUGGAGGGGAUAUUGAAUGCCCCGAGUGUCGGGUUUGGACUCCCUGGGAUAAGAGGGGAUGGGCUACGUACACAGUUGAGAUUGUUUGUGGUUGGAAAGGUAGCUGAAAUAGUGAAAUUGGUGUGUGGAAAGGAAAAUUUAAUCCCGGAAAUUCAGGACAUGUGGGAGGAAGACUGGGAGAAGACUAUAAAGAGGUGUAAGAAACGAUUUGCAUGGAAGCUUAUUAAAAGGAGAAGUUAUAAAAUGGGAAACAAUCAAGGGGGAAUAUUGAGGAAGAGUCCUCUGGGUUGUGUAAUUGCCCACUGGAAAGAUAUUGUUGGGACCGGAGGUACGGAAAAUAAAAAGAACCUUAUUAAAUACUGCAAUCAGCGGUGGCCGUUGUAUAAGUUAGAAGGUGAUGCUAAGUGGCCACUUAAUGGGUCAAUAGAUUAUAAUACUCUAUUACAACUAAUGCUGUUUUUAAGGAGAGAAGGAAAAUGGGAUGAGGUUUCGUAUGCAGACAUGUUUUUCACCCUCCGAAACCAUCCGGAGUGGCAAAGGGACUGUGGAAUGGUACCCCCACAGGACCCCAUGGUGCUUGCACUUGAGCGAGAGAACAACAAGGAGCUUAGAGGUAAACUGAGGCGGUGCUGUUCGGCAUGUAGUAUUGGACAAAGAUGUACAAAGACAAAUAAAAUUCAUCAGGCACCAGAACAAGAUCUAACUGAUUUGUUUAAGCCUCGCCCUCGACCACAGGAACAGGAUGCAGACUCGGAUAGAACUCCGACCCCCCCGGACAGCCCUGUAUCUUCCCGUACUAGGAAGAAAACUACCUCAACAGCUUUACAAGCACCUCUCCGAGAGGCGGUGAGGCCGGAUGGUGGGACGAUGUUAAUCAAAGUACCCUUUUCUACUGCUGAUCUAGGGGAAUGGAAAAAGGUUGCAAAAGAUUAUAGGAGAGAUCCGCUUUAUAUGCAGUCAAACAGAGUCCUUCCGAGUCUCCAUCCGAAUUCCUGGAUCGACUGAGGGAUGUAAUGUGCCGCAGCACACCGCUGGAUCCUGGGUCAGAGGUAGGAGUACA